UUCUCUCCUCGACCAAAGCCGUCCCUCGAUUCUGUGGCUUCAGCUCAUCGAAAUCCGACGCAGCCGAUCAAACCGUUGGUCGGGCGGAGCCCUGAUUUCCUCCGACUGAAGGCUGGGAUCCUUCGGUUUUCCGAGGACGAAGCCCUGGGCGCCGAGCUGGCCGAUGAGGGCUCGUUUCUGGUGGGAGCUCCUGCCUCAGUGCUGAAAAGACUGGCGAUAGUUUCUGGUUCACUGGUUCUCGUGAAGAAUGCGGGGACGAAUGUGGGCAGGAUCGUUAAGGCCAUAGUUCUUGACCGUCCAGCUCCCGGGGUAAGAGAACCUGAACGCACCAGUGAGACGAGCUCUCAUUACGUAAUGGACACAUUUCCUUUGUUUACCUAUCCUUCACGCGAUCAAAUAGUCUCAGACCAAGAAAUUGUCUACGUGACCCCGCUUCUAGCGUUUAACCUUGGCUUGCACGUGUCUAGCCUGAAUAUCCUUCUGCGAGGAGGUCAAGAAUCUUUAAAGUCAUUAUUUGAAGUUAAAGGGAGUGAUACGGACGAGAAGGCUGUAAACCUCCCUCGAGUAUAUCUAGAACUUGCAUCGUGGCCCCACUUGCCUAAAUAUGCAUCCCACUUGAGGAUUUCUUUCGUAAAGAUACCCGAGUGUGGUGUGCUUGGAUCGCUGAAAGGAGCUUCAAAAUCUGAAGAAGAUGACCGCCAAUCUAUGAUUGAUUUUGCUCUGAACGAGUACUUUAGAGUGGAUAGGUUCUUGGCAAGGGGCGAUGUUUUCCGUAUUCGUGUAAAUUGGAACUGUGGAUCGGAGAUGUGCAUCGCUUGCAGUUCGGAGAGAUCUUUGGGUAAUAUAAUCUACUUCAAGGUUACAGCUAUGGAGCCAUUAAAUGAACCGAUUCUUCGCAUUAAUUGCAAUCAAACAGCUCUUGUUCUUGGAGGAAGUGUGGCUUCUGCUGUUCCUCCGGAUCUAUUUGUCAAUACAUUCCAUGAGUCCAUGCCCUUGCAAGCUGAUACAGUAAGAAAACUGGCAUCCAUCCUUGCGCCUACAUUAUGCCCAACAUCUUUAUCGUCAAGGUUCAGAGUAGCUGUGUUCUUAUACGGCCCGUCAGGAUGUGGCAAACGCACUGUUGUUAGGCGUGUUGCUAAUCGUUUAGGCCUACAUAUUGUGGAAUUUAGCUGUCAUGAUCUCAUGUCAUCCUCAGAGAGGAAGGCAUCUGUUGCACUUGCAAAUACUUUCAAAGCUGCUCACAGAUAUGCACCUUGUAUACUUCUACUUCGCCAUUUUGAUGUGUUCGGGAAUUUAUCUUCAAAUGAAGGUUCAACAUUUGAUCAAGUUGGCAUUAUCUCUGAAGUUGCGUCUAUUAUUAGAGAGUUUACUGAACCAUUUUCUGAAGAUGAAGAGUCGUAUUCAAGACCACCAGCUAAUCAUGGUCUUUAUCUAGUUGAAGCUGAAAGAGUAAGUAAGCAUCCUGUGUUGCUCGUUGCAGCUGCAGAUAGUUCUGAAGGUUUGCAACCACCCGUCAGACGUUGCUUCAGCCAUGAAAUUGCCAUGGGUCCUUUGACAGAGGCUCAACGAGCUGAUAUGCUAUCCUCUUCUCUUGAGGGUGUCUCAAAGCUCCAUCAUGAGAACAUCAAAGACGACUUAAUUAAAGAGGUUAUUGGGCAGACAUCCGGUUUUAUGCCUAGGGAUAUAAAUGGUUUGGUGGCUGAUGCUAGUGCCAAUUUUGUACAUCGAAUCCUCAAUGACAAAGAUAAUAAUGGAUCUAGAGAGUCUGGUGAGAAAACUAUUUCCAAAGUGAUGUCAGCUCAGGAUGAGAAAAGUUCUCAUAGAAAUGAUACAAAACACCUGGAGAAGGAUGAUUUUUCCAAAGCUUUGGAGAGAUCAAAGAAAAGGAAUGCUUCUGCUUUGGGUACCCCAAAAGUGCCCAAUGUAAAAUGGGAAGAUGUAGGAGGGCUUGAGGAAGUGAAGAAGUCAAUCCUAGAUACUGUUCAGUUACCUCUCCUACAUAAGGAUUUAUUUUCAUCCGGAUUACGCAAGAGGUCAGGUGUGCUUUUGUAUGGUCCUCCAGGGACAGGGAAGACAUUGUUGGCAAAAGCUGUUGCGACGGAAUGUUCCUUAAAUUUUCUCAGUGUGAAGGGACCUGAAUUGAUUAACAUGUAUAUUGGAGAGUCAGAGAAGAAUGUUCGGGAUAUCUUCCAGAAGGCAAGAUCAGCACGCCCAUGUGUAAUUUUCUUUGAUGAGCUUGAUUCACUUGCACCUGCUAGAGGAGCUUCCGGUGAUUCAGGUGGUGUCAUGGACAGAGUUGUUUCUCAGAUGCUUGCGGAAAUUGAUGGCCUAAGUGAAUCUAGUCAGGAUCUUUUUAUUAUAGGUGCGAGCAAUAGACCCGAUCUUAUUGAUCCAGCACUUCUUCGCCCUGGCAGGUUUGAUAAGCUUUUAUAUGUUGGUGUAAACACAGAUGCAUCUUAUAGGGAAAGGGUUCUUGCUGCCCUCACAAGAAAAUUCAAACUUCACGAAAAUGUUUCUCUACUCUCAAUAGCUAAGAAAUGCCCCCCAAAUUUUACCGGUGCCGACAUGUAUGCUUUAUGUGCAGAUGCUUGGUUUCAUGCUGCAAAGCGCAAGGUUUCAUACAACCAUACAGAUACUUCUGCUGAUGAAGGAACAGAUUCUGUUAUAGUUGAAAUGGAUGAUUUUAUCAAGGUCCUAGGGGAGAUAUCCCCAUCUCUGUCGCUGGCUGAACUGAACAAGUAUCAACAAUUACGGAAUCAGUUCGAAGGAGCUUCGAACUAAAGAACUCAGCAGCAGUUAAUCAUCAUCAUCAUGCUUUCAUCCAAAUGGUCAAAUUUACAACUUUGAUAUCAUCCUUAUUUUCUGAUAUAUGGAGCGCAUGCUGCAACAUCUGGAGCACAUGCUGCAGUAUCAUCCUUAUAUCUGAUAAAAAUGCAAGUUACCUGUAAAUAGAGGAGACUGAAUUAUAUUGUUCAUUCUUAUUAUAGCGUGCCUGUAUGCAUUUGACAUUUAUAUCCAUUUACCCCACGCUCUCACUUGAUCUAAAUUAAACCGUGCUUUGUGCCAGAAAAUGUGAAGCAAGCGAUUGUUGAAAAUGGUACGUUUGCUAUUUGUUUUUU